UAGCAAGUGCUAUCAAUCGUGCAAAAGAUUUCGCAAAAAAAAGUAAAUUGAAAUAUUAAUUUUACUUUGUCAACAGCGCACACGUGGACAUGGCCGGCGAAGAUUUGAUUGCCCAGUUCCAACAGCUCGGCAUGAGCGAGCAAAAGGCCAAGGAAACCCUAAAGAAUGUAAAUGUCACCCGAAACUUGCAAUUGGCGCUGACGCAGACUAAAUUGCCGCUCGCUGAAGGCGCUGGCAUGCUGCUCUAUCAUAUGGCCACCAAACUGAAGCCACAAGCAGCUGAGCAUAUGCCGCUGCUGGUGAAGUACAUAGCGGAUCGAAAGCUGGACAACACUCAGCGUGUGGAUGCAGCUUUAGAAUAUGUGCUUCGUUGCGUUCAGAAAAAGAACAGCAGUCUUGAUGUGGCCGAACUGGAGCGUGAAUGCGGCGUUGGUGUUGUGGUCACACCCGAGGAGAUUGAACGUGUUGUACAGCAAAAGAUUAAGGGCACCUAUAAGGAAAUAUUGCUCCAGCAGCGUUAUCACUUUAAUGCGUUCAAAAUCUUGCAGGAGGUGCGCAGUGAGCUCAAAUGGGCUGACGCCAAGUCGCUUAAGGCAGCCAUCGAUGUGGAGAUAUUUGAUCUACUCGGGCCAAAAACUGAGGCUGACUCAAAGCCUUUGCCCAAGCAGAAUGACAAGCAGACCAAGGGAAAGGAAAACGUUAAACCGGUGCUCAAUGCGCCUACUACAGAUGCAGCUGCAGAAGCUACUGAUGGCGCUAAUACCAUUGCUGAGCUGAUGAAGACCAAGGUGCAUUUCCAUGCACCAGGGGAGAACUACAAAACCGAUGGAUAUGUGGUCACAGAUCAUACAGAGCGGCUACUCAAGGAACACUUGCAGCGUACUGGCGGACGUGUGCAGACGCGUUUCCCACCAGAGCCCAAUGGCAUUUUACACAUCGGUCAUGCAAAGGCUAUUAAUAUAAAUUUCGGCUAUGCUGCUGCCCAGAACGGUAUCUGUUAUUUGCGCUACGACGACACCAAUCCAGAGAAGGAGGAAGAGAAGUUCUUUGUUGGCAUACGCGACAUGGUCGAGUGGCUGGGCUACAAGCCAUACAAGGUGACGCACUCCUCUGACAACUUCCAGCAGCUCUACGAAUGGGCUGUAGUGCUCAUACGCAAAGGCUUGGCCUAUGUUUGCCACCAGAAGGCCGAGGAGCUCAAGGGCUUUAAUCCACCGCCAAGUCCAUGGCGUGAACGACCCGUUGAGGAAUCUCUACAGCUAUUUGAGGACAUGAAGCGUGGCAAGAUCGAUGAGGGCGCUGCUACGCUGCGUCUAAAACUAACACUUGAGGAGGGAAAAGUCGAUCCGGUGGCAUAUCGCAUUAAGUUCAUAGCGCAUCAUCGCACUGGCUCUGCCUGGUGCAUCUAUCCAACCUAUGACUACACGCACUGCCUCUGUGACUCUAUAGAACAAAUCACGCACUCGCUCUGUACAAAGGAGUUUCAGUCACGUCGCUCCUCCUAUUACUGGCUCUGCAAUGCCCUGGACAUCUACUGCCCGGUGCAGUGGGAGUACGGUCGUCUGAACAUGAACUACGCUCUGGUUUCUAAACGCAAGAUAGGCAAACUUAUCACAGAGCGUAUCGUUCACGAUUGGGAUGAUCCACGUCUAUUUACCCUAACGGCGCUGCGUCGUCGCGGCUUUCCAGCGGAGGCUAUCAAUAAUUUCUGCGCACAAAUGGGCGUUACUGGUGCGCAGAUCUCUGUGGAUCCAGCUAUGCUAGAGGCAGCGGUUAGAGAUGUUCUCAACGUGAGCGCACCACGACGACUGGUGGUGCUCCAACCGCUUAAGGUGACCAUUAGCAACUUUCCCCAUGCCAAGGCAGUUGAACUGCAAGUACCGGACUUCCCGCAAAACCCAGGACAAGGUACGCACCAGAUAACCCUGGAUCGUGUAGUCUACAUAGAGCAUAGCGAUUUUAAAUUGGAUCCCGAGAAGGGCUACCGACGUCUGUCACCACAGCAGUCGGUUGGCUUGCGACAUGCUGGUCUCGUGAUCAGCGUCGAACAAGUUGUGCGCGAUACGUCCACUGGCGAAGUGACAGAACUCGUCUGUCGCUGUGAGCUUGCAGAGCAAGCUGAGAAGCCAAAGGCGUUUGUCCAGUGGGUGUCGCAGCCCAUUGAGCUGGAGGUGCGUCUCUAUGAACAGCUCUUCAAGCACAAAAAUCCCGAGGAUCCCAAUGAAGUUCCUGGAGGUUUUCUUAGCGACAUUGCCGAGAACACCAUGUCCGUCUUACGUGCUUAUGCAGAUCGCGCCCUGAGCUGCGUUAAAGCAUACGACAAGUUCCAAUUCGAGCGCAUUGGUUUCUUCUCAGUUGAUCCAGACACAACUGCAAAGCAAAUUGUGUUCAAUCGCACCGUGGGCCUCAAAGAGGACUCGGGUAAAAAGUAAUAUUUCUUUUUAUGUGCACAUAGAUACGCACAAAAUAAAUUUGAUUUAUAAAGCCUG